GAAGCAGCUCAGUGCUCAGAGAUCUGUUCCUCAGAUACAUUGACAUUAUCUGGACACAACUUCAACGUCAGAGGCUCACUAGAAACUGUCCAACAUGUACAAAGUGGAUUUGCCUGUUGACCAGUCCAUUGAGAAAGCAGUGGAAAGGCGAAGGUCUGCAGAGUCAGCACGAAAGGCCCGAAUUUUCAACACACGCCUGCGUGUGAUGGGUCUCGACGCUGAAGUUCUGAGCCAACAAAUCCAGGAAAAAAAACUUCAGCAAAAUAUAGAGAGACAAAGAGACAAAGCUUUUGAUAAGCAGAGAGAGUAUCACAAUGUCGCUCAACUGCAGCAGGACACUGAUGACAGAGAGAAGCGAGCAGCUCUGCACACUGACCUGGUCCAGUACUGGGCCACUCAGCAGCGUGUGGAGGAUUCACGUGAUGCUGAUCUCAAGUGUGGCCUGAAGGGGGCAUUCAGGAUCACCAUUCCAGAGAGUGAGCUGGGGCCUGCCAGUAUGCAAAUGUUUCAGGGAGAGGGCAUCGGAGAGGAGCGAGUGAGGAGAGAACAAAUGAAAAACACAGAAAGAGAACUACGAGCCCAGAGGGAGGACAAUGCGAGAAUGCACAUGGGAAACAAGCAUAGAGAGAUGCUGGUGAGCAGGGAACUUGUGUGUCAGGACCUAAGGGAGGUUCAACAGGCGGACCUAGAGGAGGAGUGUAAGAAAGCCAUCCGCAUCGCAUACAACGACUACAACCGAGCUCUGGCUGUGGAGAAGGCAGAGAAACUGAUGGAGCAACGCAGGAGAGAAGAAAGGGAGAAUCUUGCAGAAAUCAGGCACACGCUGACGUCCGACAUGAUGACGGAGUGUGCAGAGGCAGCAGAGAGAGAAGUGGGAGGAGGGAAGGCGCUCCGCACACUGACUGACAGGUGGAAGGGGAUGAGCCCCCAGCAGCUCAGCGCCAUCCAUGGGGAGAGAGAGACACAGUGCCGUGAGAGACAGAGGCAGCGUGAUGCUGAGAAGAUUCAGGACGCAGCGUGGGACCUUCAGCUCCUGAGGCUGUCCAGAGAAGCAGAUGAGGAGGAGGCGAGAGCGGCAGAGCUGAGGAGACAGACAAGGAUUCAGAUGGAUCUGUACAACAUGCAGCUGGCCAGGGAGCAGCAGGCACAUCAGGAGUACCUGGACAAAAAGCUCUACACCAACAAACCCACCAAGGACUACUUUUAUCAAUUCAACACCAGCUCCCGCUGACCGCCUCACACCUUCAC